GUGAUCUCGGGGAUCCUUCCACGAAGCGCCUGCCCCUCUACCCGGGAAGAUGAAGUCCCUUUUCCAGGCCGAGCAGGGCAGACUGGUCCCAGGGCAGCAUGGCGGAUCCCAGUGAAGGCCCCCGCGCGGGGCCUGGGGAGGUGGCCGAGCCCCCCGGGGAUGAGGGUGGCACCCCCGGCGGGGAGGCCUUCCCCCUCUCUUCGCUGGCCAACCUGUUUGAGGGGGAGGAUGGCUCCCCCUCCCCCUCGCCGGCUGAUACUGCUCGCCCUGCCGGCCCAGGCGACGCACGACCCAACCUGCGCAUGAAGUUCCAGGGCGCCUUCCGCAAGGGGGUGCCCAACCCCAUCGACCUGCUGGAGUCCACCCUGUAUGAGUCCUCGGUGGUGCCCGGGCCCAAGAAGGCGCCCAUGGACUCGCUCUUUGACUAUGGCACCUAUCGCCACCACCCUAGUGACAACAAGCGGUGGAGGAGGAAGGUCAUAGAGAAGCAGCCACAGAGCCCCAAAGCUCCCGCGCCUCAGCCACCCCCAAUCCUCAAAGUCUUCAACCGGCCUAUCCUGUUUGACAUCGUGUCCCGGGGCUCCACCGCCGACCUGGAUGGACUGCUCCCCUUCCUGCUGACUCACAAGAAACGCCUGACUGACGAGGAGUUCCGGGAGCCAUCCACCGGGAAGACCUGCCUGCCCAAGGCCCUGCUGAAUCUGAGCAAUGGCCGCAACGACACGAUCCCUAUGCUCCUGGACAUCGCAGAGCGCACGGGCAACAUGCGGGAGUUCAUCAACUCGCCCUUCCGGGACAUCUACUACCGAGGUCAGACCGCCCUGCACAUUGCCAUCGAGCGCCGCUGCAAACACUACGUUGAGCUCCUGGUGGCUCAAGGUGCCGACGUCCACGCGCAGGCUCGGGGGCGCUUUUUCCAGCCCAAGGAUGAAGGAGGCUACUUCUACUUUGGUGAAUUGCCCCUGUCGCUGGCUGCCUGCACCAACCAGCCCCACAUCGUCAACUACCUGACGGAGAACCCCCACAAGAAGGCGGACAUGCGGCGGCAGGACUCCCGUGGCAACACGGUGCUGCACGCGCUGGUGGCCAUCGCCGACAACACCCGCGAGAACACCAAGUUCGUCACCAAGAUGUAUGACCUGCUGCUGCUCAAGUGUGCCCGCCUCUUCCCCGACAGCAACCUGGAGGCUGUGCUCAACAACGACGGCCUCUCGCCCCUCAUGAUGGCCGCCAAGACGGGCAAGAUUGGGAUCUUUCAGCACAUCAUCCGUCGGGAGGUGACAGACGAGGACACCAGGCAUCUGUCCCGCAAAUUCAAAGACUGGGCAUACGGGCCGGUGUAUUCCUCGCUCUAUGACCUCUCCUCCCUGGACACAUGUGGGGAAGAGGCCUCUGUGCUGGAGAUUCUGGUGUACAACAGCAAGAUCGAGAACCGCCACGAGAUGCUGGCUGUGGAACCCAUCAACGAACUGCUGCGGGACAAGUGGCGAAAAUUUGGGGCUGUUUCCUUCUAUAUCAAUGUGGUCUCCUAUCUCUGUGCCAUGAUCAUCUUUACCCUCACUGCUUACUACCAGCCACUAGAGGGCACUCCGCCGUACCCUUACCGCACCACGGUGGACUACCUGAGGCUGGCCGGCGAGAUCAUCACACUCUGCACCGGGGUCCUGUUCUUUUUCACCAACAUCAAAGACUUGUUCAUGAAGAAAUGCCCUGGAGUGAAUUCUCUCUUCAUUGAUGGCUCCUUCCAGCUACUCUACUUCAUCUACUCUGUGCUGGUGAUUGUCUCAGCGGCCCUCUACCUGGCGGGGAUUGAAGCCUACCUGGCCGUCAUGGUCUUCGCCUUGGUCCUGGGCUGGAUGAACGCCCUUUACUUCACCCGUGGGCUGAAGCUGACGGGGACCUAUAGCAUCAUGAUCCAGAAGAUCCUCUUCAAAGAUCUUUUCCGCUUCCUGCUGGUCUACUUGCUCUUCAUGAUCGGCUAUGCUUCAGCUCUGGUCUCCCUGCUGAACCCAUGUGCCAACAUGAAGGUGUGCAGCGAGGACCACACCAACUGCACGACGCCCACGUACCCCUCCUGCCGCGACAGCGAGACCUUCAGCACUUUCCUCCUGGACCUCUUCAAGCUGACCAUCGGCAUGGGCGACCUGGAGAUGCUCGGCAGCACCAAGUACCCCGUGGUCUUCAUCAUCCUGCUCGUCACGUACAUCAUCCUCACCUUCGUGCUGCUCCUUAACAUGCUCAUCGCCCUCAUGGGGGAGACAGUGGGCCAGGUCUCCAAGGAGAGCAAGCACAUCUGGAAGCUGCAGUGGGCCACCACCAUCCUGGACAUCGAACGCUCCUUCCCCGUGUUCCUGAGGAAGGCCUUCCGCUCGGGUGAGAUGGUGACUGUGGGCAAGAGCUCGGACGGCACUCCGGACCGCAGGUGGUGCUUCAGGGUGGAUGAGGUGAACUGGUCUCACUGGAACCAGAACUUGGGCAUCAUUAAUGAGGACCCUGGCAAGAACGAGAGCUACCAGUACUACGGCUUCUCGCACACCGUGGGCCGCCUCCGGAGGGAUCGCUGGUCCUCAGUGGUGCCACGCGUGGUGGAGCUGAACAAGAACUCGAACCCGGACGAGGUGGUGGUGCCUCUGGACAACAUGGGGAAGCCCAGCUGUGACGGCCACCAGCAGAGUUACCCGCCCAAGUGGAGGACUGACGAUGCCCCCCUCUAGGCGCUGUGGGCAGGAGCAGGGUCCCCUCCACUGCCCACUUCUAGUCCACUUGCAUUUCAGUGGCGCCCCCCGGGGUGUCCCCUGCACCCUCCUUCAGCCCCCAGAGGUGAGGGCUGGGCAGAGAUGCCGGGGAGGCCCCAGGACCCUCUGGCUCCCCCACCCCACUCCCCAGGCACCAGGCUCCUGGCCGCCUUUCUCACUCCCAUGGAGUCAGCUAAGCGACACCAGGGCCUCUCUGCCUCUCCAUUUAUUUAUUUGCUCUGCUCUAGGAGAGCGGCACGACCCCUGCCCGGAACUGGAGCCUGGCCGAGGCCUCAGGACCCCAUCCCAGGGGCACUGCUGGCUGAGCCCCUGGCCCCACCCUGCACCCUGGGCCGCUCAGGCCACCGUGUGCUGAAGUGUGGUGGCUUUGCCAGGGGGCCUACCUUCUGUGUGUUCUGUAAGAGGCCUGGGAUUGUCGGUGCUCAAUAAAUGUUCGUUGAUGGUGGAGAUGGUGGGGACGAUGGUGGGAGGAGCGUAGCAGGCACAGGGUGUUGGCACGGAGAUGGGAGAGCUAAGAAAUGUCUGCGGGGGGCGGGGAUGAGAACGAGGGGCAGUAAUAAUGACCAAGGUGGUGUUUAGGGUGAUGGUUGGGGGGCUGGACGAGGGGUGGUGGCCUGAGAGAUGGGGGUGAGAUGGAGUGUGAUACAGAAGAUAGAGCUGAAGAGAGGAGGUGACAGUAGACUGGUGGAGUGAUAAUGGUGCUGGCGGGGAGAGAGUCAGUCUGGUCAGGUUAUAGGAAUGCUGGGAGGGGAUAAUGACACUGGUGGGGGGACAGGAAUGCUCAUCAUGGCCUGGUGACACUGGUGGGGGUAACACUGUGCCAGCGGGGGGAGGACAGCUGCUGGGGAGGGCCAGAGCCGAGGUGGGGAUGACAGCCCUGGAAAUGGGUGAGCCAUCAAGUGUCAGCAACGGGGGGAUGGUGAGGGUGACAGUGGCCUUAGAAAGGACAGUGGUGGCAACUGGAGUGGUGACAGUGCUUGUGGAGCCUGGGGUGGGGACGGGACCACGUGCCAUCGGAGUUGUGAAUGUGACCUGGAGCUGAAGGCUGACCUGCUUCCCUUUCGAGGGCAGCCAUUCUCCCCAGGGUCACACCCCACUGCUGAUCAAGCCCCCUGGGCAAGAGGAAGGACCCCACAGACACCGCAUCCUGCUGCUCCACCCUGGAGCGGAGGAACCUGCAGUCAGCUGAAGUUGCCCUCUGACCUCCCGGGUCCCUGCUCGGACGAGGUCUGAGGUCCCCUCUGAAGCUUGAGUUGACCAGAGUUUGGGUCUCUGAGGACCGGGCCAAGGGCAGCUUCAGUGGGAGAAGCACAGGGCAUGGGGUCUGCAGACGUGGGCCUGCACUGUUGGCCCAGACUGUGGGUCACUUUACUCCUCUGGGCCUCCAAGUCCCCGUCUGCCGGAAGGGUGAGACUCAGUUACUUGAGGGACUGGAGUCUAUUCAGCAAUAUGAGAACCAAGCCGACAUGAAUUGUGUUACCACUGAGGGUGGCUGGGGGGCGCCAACCUUCCCAUGGACCCAUUCUUUCCAUCUCCCUCUACAUUGCCUUCCAGGGGCUGGUGGGCUCUCCUUGUGGUCCAAGAAUGACCCAACUCCUCCCAGGGAUGCAGGCUUCCUCAUUCCAACCCAACACACACACACAUACACACAGAUGGUCCUCACCCAGCAUUCUCAAAGGAGGUCCCAAGAGCCAUUCUGAUUGGACGGACUGGGGUCACAUGUCAUGCCUGAGCCAAUCCCAUGACUGGGGGUUGGGAUGCCCUCCCUGGCUGAGCCAAGCCUUCUGGGUAGUGGUGGGUAGGUCCUAAAUGUUGAGCCUCAGUGUCCUCAUCUGUAAAAUGGGGCACAGCUUUUUGUGAAGAUCAAGUAGUUCCCUGGGCUUUUCAAAGAAGAGAGGAUUGUGGUUGUAGUGUUUGUAUAGUUAUGUGCUUGGGGCAGCAAGUCACGGAGAACUUGAAGGAAAGAAUGUUUAUUGUCUCAGCAGGAAGUCUCAAGUUAGGGAGGGCAGGAAAGCUGGUGAAUUCAGUCUCUGUGAUUCAUGAAGGGUUCAGCCAGCUCCUUUAUCCCUCCAAGCAUUUAUCAGGUACUGAAGGUACUAAGCUAGGCACCACCCACCAGGUGUGCUGGCUUUUUCUUCACACGGGCUUCCAUCAAAGACACAAGAUGGCGCCACCAUAUCAGGCAUUGCAUCCAGAGGAAGCAGGAGAGAUGGUUCUUCCUGGGUCUCUUUUAAUGGGAGAGGAAACCUUUCCUUGAAAUCCCCCAGCCAACCUCCCUUCUUGUAUUAUUGGCCAGAAUUGUGUCACGUGUCCCAUGCUUCAGCCAAUCAGCAGGCAGGAAGCGGCAAUUGCCCUAAAGAAGAAGAAGGCAAUAUGGAGGAAGGUAGUUUCCCCAGCCUGGUCUGAGGUGUGUGGGCAAGGAGGGUGGGGAAACCAGGAUUUCCUAGGCGGCCGGUAACAGCUUUUCCCAGAUGCCCACCCUCCCCUCCAUCUUUCUAGUUGGAGGGUGGGCAACACUAUCACGGAAAAUGGCAGUGACUCAUUCUGGGGCUGUAAAGAGAUUGUUUCUCUAGGGGCAUAUGGGAUGGGCUGGCCCAUAAGAUCAAAACACCCUUUCAGCUCAAAAAGACUCAAUCGAUUAUUGAGGUGAAUGCCUCAUUCACUGAUUUUUUAAAAAUCAUGCAAUAAUUAUAGGCUAUGAAUUUUCCUCUGAGGACAUUUUUAGCGAAAUACAUAGUAACUUCUUCUACCGUGAUUUUCUAAAUA